AUGGCAGACAGAAAGCUGGUAGCGMCCCGCCAUUGUCCAGGCCAAAUUGGUACCAUCAGUGAAGAAAAUUGGUACCACUGUCUCUCAGCGCCUACCAUUAGCAUUUGCUCUCGAUGCUAUCAUGACUAUUUGAAGCCCUUACCAUUUGCGGCAUACUUUAAGCACCAGCUCGACGCCUCAGGUUCUCGGCGCACGUGCGACUUUAACGUGCCCCGCGUGCAUGCUGUCCUUCGUGAGGCCAUCCACAGGAAUGACUUUGCCAUUCUCGACAGCUACUUUGCACGCCGUGGGCGGCUCCCACGGUGCAAAGGAGGCGGUCACCCCGUCACAGCCGAAGACAACUUUAUUUGGUUCCAGUCUAUGGAUGCGAACUUUGCGGGCAAAUGGGGAGCUUGCGGCGCCUGCUACGAGGACUAUAUAGUAGCAUCUUCCUACUCCUCAUACAUUUCCAAAUCGCCCAUCAUCCAACCUCGUGACCAACUUUUUGAAUGCGACAUGGCAUGGCCGUUUUGCCAGGGGAUGAUGGCCGGAGGUGGCGGUGACUGGAACCACAUUAUGUCUUGGGUGCUCUACCGUAGGCAUCUGCCAAGAUGCAAUGCCUUGAGCGAGGUUGACGUCGCCUCGCGCAACUGGUAUAGGCCGCGGGACCCAGAGCUAGGCUCGCUUCUUGUCUGUGAAGCCUGCUAUUACGAUACAAUCUACAACUCUGUGGCGGCGCAGCACUUUGACUUGUCUCGCCAUCAACUGUUGCAGAAUAGCAAGGCUGUAUGUUUUGUUUCAGGUAAUAUCCCUCUGUCCUUGACACUAGAUGAGACACUCCACAGGAAAGACUGGGCUAUCUUCCAGCGGGCGGCCCACGCCUUUGUGCGCAGUCCCAGAUGCAAUAAAGAUGGAAUACAGAAUGGCACAUGGUAUUCCAUACUUCCAGCUGCCGAUCAGUUCAAUAUUUGCCAGUCAUGUUACGCUUGUGUCUUUGAAGCACGCAAUGCCGGUCAUUUCCUUGCCCCAGCGCCUCCCCAGAUUCCCGGCCGAGCUCGUCUCUGCAAUAUGAACAUAGGAUCGCCACAUGCGUUAUCCAUGUAUCGAAAGCUUGAUCAGGCAAUUGACAGAUACGAUGUCUCCAUCUUCAGCGAAUUCGUACGCAGGCUAAGUGCUGUGCCAGCGUGCCCGGGGCAACAUCCCGUAUCUGAAAGACGCUGGUAUUCGCACCACAUGUUCUCGUGCUGCCCGUCGUGCUGGAUCGAGGCCGAUAUUGGUAGCACUCAAUUGUCUAGCUGCUUCUCUCCUGAGAUAAAUAUCUCAUCACCCCUCAAGUGUGAUUUCUACUCUCCUCGGGUGCGUGAACUCUGGCGUGUCGCCUGCGCUGAAAACGACCUGCCUGGGUUUAUAAAUUUCAUGGAGAAGCGCCUUGAAAUUUGGGGCCAAACGUAUCCUCAGAUUCAAAAAAAUCUGCAUAUGGUGCAGAUGAAUGUAGCGCAGCAGCAGUCCUUGUUCCUGGCUUCCACUAUAAAUACUGCUUCGAAUGCAGUAGCUGUGGGUGCUGGCAUGAAUGGCCAUUACGGGAACGGGCAGAUUGGGUACGGCUAUGAGACAUUUGCUGGAGCUCAAGGUGCGAUGCAGUUCAGUGAGGCACUCAGCAUGAAUUCACAAAAUACCCUACCAUUUACAAGCAGCGUGCAGCUGGAAAUGCUCUGGAAGAGUGUUGAAUAG